AUGUCUCGCGCACAGAGUCGGCUAAGCCAAGAGGAGAUGCAAAUAAAAGCUGAACUAAAGCAUCUAAUGACUGAGGCAAAAGAUCAGCUGAAGCAAAGGCUGAAUCACCUCGUAGAGGCUCAUGAGAACGAUCGAAAGGCUUUGCUUGAUCUCUUCUUGGUCAAAACUUCGCUAACUUACUCCGGAGACUUUCAGACGCUUAAGGGUCAACUGGAAAACGAAUUCGAAUGCUACGUUCAAUCUGUCCGGUAUUGCCAAGGAAAAUCCAGCGGUAUCUCAUUCACGAGUGAACCCAUUACUGCACCACAGGAUGAGGCAGCUAGCUGGUUUAGCAAGCUCAAUACUGGAUUAUUGCUAGAGGAGGCGCUUCGCCCAGAAGAGCUGGGUCUCGCCGACGGCCGUUCGACUUUAGACAACGAACCAUCACGUAUUGCGUCGGUCAUCAAGACAUCUGUUGCAACAAGAACGCUCCAACAGAGGCCGAGCUGGGCAUUUUCUUACGACCUAGGCUUCGGCAGAGACUACUACAUCUUGAUCUGUCCAAAUGCAUCUUCUGGCUGUGGCUUUGCGUUCUCAAAUGAGCCGUUUCUGACCGGGUUAGCUGCUGAACACUUCAAGAAAUGUGGCGUCGCAUUCCAGGAUGAUGCAGACAUUGUCAGACGUUUCGCACGCCGACGUAGGCUUACCCGAGAUCUCAACUCGCACAUCGCCCUGAGUUGA